AUGAGGUUCAACGAGUUAAAAUGUAAAGUGUCGACUGUGACGCGAAAGAAACAACCUGUGGACUUCACAUACCGACUGGGCUCAAUCACUCUUACUCAUGUUGAAAAAGAGAACGAUCUUGGGAUUACAAUGACUGGAAAGCUUUCAUGGGAUUCUCAUAUCCAUGAGAUCACAGCUAAAGCCAACAAGCUGCUCGGUCUAUUGAAGAGAACAUGCCUUUUCCUGACUGACGUCAGCGUCCGACGUACUUUGUACCUUUCGUUGGUAAAAUCCAAUCUAUGUUAUGCCUGUGAAGUUUGGUCCCCAUACAUCUACUCACAGAAGACAAAGAUAGAGCGUGUGCAGAGACGAGCCACUAGAUGGAUAUUGAAAGCUAGAAAGGGUGAUUCCAGCUACAAUAAGCGUCUCGUUGAUCUGAACUUACUACCUUUGUGUUAUGAUAGAGAGAUAAAAGAUCUAAUGUUCUUCUACAAAGCUCUUUAUGGUAUUUCCGAUCUCAAUGUUCAUGACAUGUCUAGAUCUCGUUUGUAA